UGCACAGUGCAUUCUAGCUUUCCAGCGUAAUGCCGAUCACAUGGGACCGUGGGAUGCUGAAGAGAUCACCUUGGCACAAAGUGGCCAGCCACACGAAACGGGUGUCAACCGCAUCGCCGUGGAGAAACAACGAAAACGUUUGGUACUCACUGGCGGGAGAGAUGGGUCAGUCGCCAUUUCGGAGCUUUCCACCUUGCAAGUGACCUCCAAAGCACUCAAGGACGAUCCGGAGUUGGCAAGUUCUGGCCAAACAGUGGGCCACAAAGACUCAGUGGAGGGCUUGGCAUGGUUGCCACAGGACAGUCGGCUCUUCACCUCUGGCGCCAUGGAUGGUUUCCUCAAAAUUUGGGACGCAGCUGAAGGGGUGUCAGUGAUGAGCUUGGACCUACACAGCUCAGUGCGAAAUCUGGCCAUCAACAAUCAAGCGAAGGUAGCUGUGGCUUUGGAAGACGCCACUCUUCGCUUGGUGGAUUUGCGCUUGGGCCGACCUGUGAACACCAUGCAAGGCCAUACCAAACCACCCUUGUCUGUCGUUUGGGACCACUUGGAGCAUUUGUUCUCUGGCGGCAUGGACGGCACUGUCCGUGCGUGGGACAUUCGUAUGGGUGCACGAAGUCUUUUUCUUUGCGAUCCAUAUGCGCACGAAGGCGCCUGGCCACUGAAGCGAAAGAUGCCUGAAAAACCUCAACGUGUACAGGAGGAGUGGCAGCAUGAAGAAGCAAAACCGGAGCCAUAUCGCUUCAGGUCCAUGAAGCGUGUUUUGGGCACCGACCGCAGAUUUGAGGAGGGCUCUGUGAGGAUGUUGACCACAUCCGACAGUUUGCUUGAUCUUGAGCCCCAGCGAGUAGAAGCCCAUUCCUCCUCGUCGUCUGAAGAAAAAAGGAGAACUCGAGAGCAGUUCGCAAGAGAAGCUGAGUGGAAGUCUCGACAUGUCUUUGGUCCACCCAGGAGGCAGUAUGAGCACGAAGCUUCGAUGGCUCAUCGUGGUGCAGUCACCAGUGUCUCCUUCUUGGACGACCGCUUGCUUUCCUGUGGAGUUGAUGGCAAGGUCCGAUGCUGGGAUCCGAAGACUGGACACCUACAGGCCAUGGCUCACAAGAGGGAGAUCAAGUCUGACAAGGUCCUUGCAAAAUGCGAGGCAGGAUUAUGGCGAGAUGUUAAUGUGGAGUGCAGCAGAGAGGAGAAGGCAAUGCAGAUGUCAGCCUUAGGAUAUCCAGAUGAAGUCUGCAUGAUACCAGAGGAGGAGUUGUUGGCAGUAUAUGGCCUGCGCUCGAGCCGCUGCUUGUGUCGCCUUGCAGCUCACAAGGGCGCAGUGCUGUGCUGCGAAGCCUUGAAUGGCGAGAUGCUGUCUGGAGGUGCAGACGGCUUGCUUCUUCACUGGCGCAGUGGUGCUCGCAGCCAGUGUAGUGUGCAGAAAGGCUGGGUACCGUUGAGUUGCAGCUCCGGAAAGAUACGGAGUGACUGUCCCAGCUUUGCGACCCAACGAUAGGUUUUAGAUCCGCUUCUACAUGAGGGACUCAUGCAUGUGUGAAUGUCAUUGGCUUGCCAGGCGAAGUCAUUUUGCUGGAUUGACAAAUUUUCUUGUUCUUUCUUUGUGCUUGUUUGCUGGCACGAUCGGGCGCGAUGUACAGUUGAAACCGGCCCUAAAGCGACAA